AUGUCUACCAUCAGCACAUCCGACCUCCUCCCCCUCCGCAACUCUCGAAAGCGCAUUCCACGUCUGGGAUUCGGCGUGUACCGCACCCACGGCCCAGAGAGCGAACAGGCGAUAGCAACAGCACUGAAAGCAGGCUAUCGGCUCAUCGACACCGCGCAAUUCUACGGAAACGAAAACGAAGUCGGCCAAGCAGUGGCACAAUCGGGCCUUGCGCGGGACGAUGUCUUUAUUACAACCAAGAUCAUGACACCCGCGGGAUCGCCGGAAGCAACGUAUCAAAAGCUCGUUGAUAGUGUGGACAAGAUUGCUGGCAGCGACGGGUAUGUGGAUUUGUUUCUCAUUCAUAGCUCGAGUUCGGGCCCAGCCGGACGUAAGCAACUGUGGCAGGCGUUGGAAAAGUUGCAUCAGGAGGGGAGAACGAAGAGUAUUGGGGUGAGCAACUACGGGGUUCAGCAUAUUGAGGAAAUGAAGGCGUAUGCCAAGAUCUGGCCGCCGGAUGUCAAUCAGAUUGAGCUCCAUCCAUGGUGCCAGCAGCGCCGGAUCGAAAGAUAUUGCAAAUCCAACGGUAUCAUCGUCGAAGCCUACUGCCCGCUAGUUCGCGGAAACAAAGUGAACGACCCUACGCUUGUUGGCCUAGCCAAGAAGUACGGAAAGAGCACGCCCCAGGUGCUGGUCCGAUAUGCGCUACAAAAGGGGUGGGUUCCGCUGCCAAAGAGCAGCAAUCCCGAGCGCAUCGCCGCCAAUGCCGACGUGUACGAUUUCGACAUAAGUAAAGACGACAUGGCGACUCUGGAUAGCUUAGACCAGGGUGACGCCGGGGCGGUAGUUGAGGCUGUGAUCGACGACUAA